CGCUGGGUGACGAGUCUCGAUGGGCGCAAUAUAUCGCGACCAUGCCAACUAGUGUGACUAUGCCUGCCACGUGGACUGCGGACGAGACGGCUUGGCUUCAGGGCACGUGCGCACAACGCCAAACUAUCACAGCCGCAGACCGCCUUCAGAAGGAAUUCAGCGAUACAUACACCCCGCUAGUGCGCGACAACGAGACACUCUUCAAUGGCAAGGUGAGGACAUUCGCUGCAUACCAAUUAGCAGCUGGCUUGGUGUCCUCCCGAGCCUUCAGAGUCGAUGACGAAAGUGAAGACAGUGAGAUGCUUCCCUUGGCAGACAUGUACGUUGUGGGCAAAUGUGGAACAAACCAAUAUCUGUAG